AUGGCUGCCGACACGAGAGAAGGCGGCCCGCCACCGUCCACAUUGGCGGCGCAGCUGGUUGAAAAUAUCGCGGCGUCAUCCAAAGCCCCCCGAACCGAUGAGAAUAGCGAACUCAAGGGACUCUUGGCCAUCAUCCAGCGCGUAAAGGACAAGCCGGCUCUUCUCAAGUCGUCGGAUGACCGGCUGGAGCAUAAUCACAUGCUCAUCUAUGUAUACUGCCGAGUCGUGCUCGAAAACAUCAAGCUCGACGACCCAUUUCUUGAUCGGGCCAAUGUCCGAACCGAGUCGCAAAAGGCCAUCAAUUUCCUGCGCUUUACAAUCAAAGAGACGCCGUCUGUUCUGCUGCAUAUGAAUGAGAAUUGCAGACUGUUGUUCCGUGGUCAAGAGCCUCUGUGGGUGUGGCUUUUACCACAGCUGUUGAGGCUCCUGGGCCACCGUCAAUGCCUUGAUUUGGAGAGCUCCAUCGAAGGAUUCCUGCAAUAUAUCCUUCUUCUGGUCGCAAGGACAGGGGCCUUGUGGAAAGUAGCCCCGUCUUUGGGGCUGUAUCUUCGCGCAUCUCUAACGUCGCUCCUUGACCAUCUGCAAAGCCCGUCUCUUGUUCCUUCUCAAGCAGACUCAAGGACAGACCUAGAACUGCCUCCAGUCUUUGCACUUGAUCAGAUUCUAGGCAGAGAUGGACAGCAUACUACCAAGCGCUUGUCAUAUCCGGUCCUUACAGUAUCACAGGGGCUACAUCUGGCAUCAAGCCUGGGCAGAGUGCUUGCACAUCCCCUUGUAUCGCCCGACCCGGCCUUUUCCAAUAGCGUAUCACUGUUGGAGAAUGGGCCAUGGCUGAUAGACGCCUACCUGGACUUGCGCCAUGUCCAAAAGCGGUGGGAGCUACCAUCACAAGGCACUCCUCUCCCACUGGUUGAAUUGACUAUGGAUAUCAUCAAGUCAUCCAUUUCCAGUGACUCUCCAAAUGCCUUACUCGUUGAGAAAUCGUGUGCCCUUCUUAUUCUACUCUGUAGCGAGAUGAUAUCACCUCCUGACGAGCUGGUACAACCGACCUCGGCUGGCGACCAGGCAAGGUCGACCUACUGCAUGGCUCUUGAUUCCUUCCUUGAUAGCAUACAUCCGUCGAAGUUUCAGAACGAGGAAAUUCGCAAAUGCAUUCAAGAUCUGCACCUGAACUAUACUGCCCCUCAUCAAGUCGCGAACGCGAGCAAAAGACGAAGGAUUUCCGAAGAAACGACAGACUCUUUGGCGAUACUAACGCAGGGGAUCUACGAAACCCUUCAGAUUACUCCACCGCCAGAUGAUGAUGUGGUCAUGUUUGAGCAAAUAUACAUCUCUACUGACUCACCGACGAUUUCAUCGCAUCAUGCGAAAAGCGAAGCAAGACACAUCUUCUCCAAGAUGAUCCGCCUAACGUCCUUUUCCGAAUCCAGACGGCCACGGAUCGCUGCCAUGAUAGCUCUGAGAAGGCUCAUAUUGCACUGCGAAGAUGCAGCCUUUCUGGAUCUGGAGACUCCUGGCCCGGGGCAGUGGUGCCUUCAGUCGCUUAACAGUUCACUGAGAGAGCUUCGUAUUGCAGCUGGUAGAACGCUGGCACUUUUUAUGCCUCCGAAGCCAACAUACAAUAUGGAUGAGGCCUUGCUCUCACGGAAUAGAAAGAAUUCAAUCGCCCUCCUGAAAUCGGCUUCCGAGGCAGACCCGCCACUCAUGGUUGAGACGCGGAUUCUAGCCUGGGGCCAACUCGGCAGAGUCGUGACGGAAGAUGAAUUAAAUUUGGUCCUCAUCAAGCUUCUCGAGUAUCUGGGCAGCAGUAAUAACAUUGAAUCGGCGUUUGCUUUCAACGAGCUACUCAGCCUUGCCGAGGCUCGCCGUACCACACCCCGCCGUCUGUUUGAGCCAUACUGGAAAAGCCUUGCCUACAUGGCGACCAAAGAUAUAGUUCAACGCCCUCAGCGAAGCCGAGCCAUAGCUGAGCUGCUACAGAUAUCUGUCAACGAGCUCCUUCUGCUGAUCCAAAGCCAUGCACUCCCAUGGCUUGUCCUAGACAAACGCAAAGAUGUGAUUCAAAAGAUUGCGGAAGCACGUCAAGAGACCGAGAUCUGGCGUCCCCUCAUGGACAGUCAAAAUACAGCCUCGGUAUUGUCACUUCUGAUGUUGCAAGAAUCCGAGAACAUCGAAGAGUUUGUCAAAGCAAGCCUGGACGAGAUCUCGCCUCAUUUCCACGCUCUUAGCCUUGCUGACAUCGUUCAAUCGGAGCCCAUGUUGACUACCAUAGAGCUGCUAAAGGCGGCAGCAGAUGCCGACGCACCGCGAAAACGCCAGGUACACAAGGCUCUGACAAUGAUGGCAUCAAUGAGUCUUGGAGCCGUCAAGGAGACAAGGAACAAGAAGACAGAUUUGGUCGGGCGUUUCCUGCAGUUGCACAUUCUCGGGCUUAUGACCCGGUUUACCGACGUUAUCAAUGAUUCGAUUUCCAUUCACCCACAGGUGACUGAGCAGAGACGCUGCAUUCGCGCCUUGGAAGAAAUAAUUCGAAUAUGCCAGUCAUAUGCCAGAAUUGCGCGUCCACAGAUCUCGGCUUGUCUUCUGUCUGCUGCUUCGCAAGAAUCUCUGCGCGAACCAGCCAUUUCUUGCUGGGCAGCGAUGCUCAAGUACUUUGACGAGGAAGACAUCGAGGCUCUUCUCGAGGCUACUUUCUUCAUCGUGAAGCGCUAUUGGUCUGAAUUGAAGCCCACGGCGACGACCGUGAUAGGGGAAAUGCUCGGUAACCUCCUGCAAAAACACGAGCAUGCCGUGCAGAAGAAUAUUACCAAGCUCCCAUCGCUAUCUCACAUUGAAGCUUUGAGCAAUAUUGAAGCCACACUUGAAGCCUUUCGGCCGCCUCUUGCCCUCGAAGAUAAGCUGGAAGUCUUUUCACAGAGAAUCGGCCACGACUAUUCUGGGGUUGUCCACCAGGCGUUGGUUGACCUGGCACCCUACUUGAGAAGUAACCAAAGCGCACUCUACACAUCUGCCAUCAGUCAGCGACCGGACAGCGUGAUCGCUACACUGCUGCGAGCUCUUCUCGAUUGCGCCUGCAAGUACAAUGGGGUCCAUAUCGACAUCACUCGGCUCUGCGUUGAGUGUGUUGGGCUUAUUGGUUGCUUGGACUCGAACAGAAUCGAAGCAGUACGCGAGCAGCGUUCUAUCGUGGUGCUAGAAAACUUCGAAGUGAUGGAAGAAGCCACCGACUUCGUGCUCUUCUUGCUCCAAGAGGUGCUAGUGCCAUCGUUUCUUUCCACUACCGACAUGAGGCUUCAGGGGUUCCUGUCGUACGCCAUGCAAGAGCUGCUCGAGAGAUGCGAGAUCAAGUCAGCUUGCAACAACCAUGCGGCUGGAAUGACUGGUGGCAGCGAUGUUUAUCGCAAAUGGAUGGCCUUGCCAGAAUCCGUGCGGGAGGUGGUUGCACCGUUCCUGAACUCAAGAUAUAUGGUCGCGCCCAUGAAUCCCCAGCCCGUGGACUAUCCAAUCUUUCAUCCGGGGAGGCUCUAUGGCAACUGGCUACGGGCCUUUGUUGUAGAACUUUUACGAAAAGGGCAGCAUCCUUAUGCGGAUAUGAUAUUUGAACCUCUCGCGCGCAUCAUUCGCGUCAAAGACCUUUCUACUGCUGAGUUUCUGUUUCCGUAUCUCGUGCUGCAUGUGCUCUUGGGGCCUAGGAGCAGCCAGGCAGAGAAGGAUCAGAUACUCGGAGAGCUUAUGCACAUAUUGCGCCAUCAACUCUCUCCGGACGCGUCUUACCAAGAAAAGGAGGAUAUGAAGCGUUUCUGUCAUCUUGUCUUCCGGUUCCUCGACUAUGCUAUGAGAUGGAUCCAUGCCAAGCGGUCGACUAGGCUGACCGGGGCCGCGAAGGAGAAUGUGUCCAAGAUUCAAGCCAUGUUAGACAGCAUACCUGCUGAACUGAUAUCACAGCGCGCAAUUGACUGCAAUGAGUAUGCGAGGGCUCUUUUUCAUUUGGAACAACAUGCGCAAAAGAUGGAUCAGGCGAAGAGAGAGCCGGGCGACCGGACACGCCUCUUACAACAGCUGCAAGAUAUUUACGCCAACAUCGAUGAGCCUGACGGGCUUGAAGGUAUCUCGGCGCAUCUGCAUGCUCUCGACAUCAACCAACAAAUCUUGAGUCACAAGAAAGCCGGCCGAUGGGCUGCGGCACAGACUUGGUAUGAAAUGCAGCUUGCCGAGAAACCAGAUAAUGCAGAAGUUCAAGUAGAAUUGCUCAACUGCCUUAAGCAAGCUGGCCAACACGAACCAGAUGUCCUGCUUAAUCACAUUGAGGGAAUGCGGUCAGACUCCCUGAGCAACGACAAUAGAAUCAUGCCCUUUGCAAUAGAAGCUGCCUGGGUGACAGGUCGCUGGGAAAGCCUGGACAAAUUCAUCCAUAGAUUUCAAGGCAACGUGUUGCAGGACUUUAACAUGUCCCUAGGGGUCCUUUUCGAGUCUCUAUACAAAAAGCAACCUUUUACGGAGACGGCGAAGAUGAUGAAGGAGAAUAUCGCUCUGUCCAUGACAUCGUCGACGACCGCGUCGCUCCAAGCGGCACACGACAUCAUGUUGAAAUGUCAUGUUCUCACGGAUCUAGAAAUCAUCCUGGGAACCAAUCCGGAGAGUGAAGAGGAGCGUAUGAAGACAAUAUCGCUUCUCGAAGGCCGGUGCGAAGUUAUUGGAGCCUACUUCAACGAUCGACAGUACGUGUUGGGCAUUCAGAGGGCGGCUAUGCAACUUCUGAGGCCAACGUUUUCCGACCUGGACAUCUCAGGGCUGUGGCUUGCCAGCUCGCGACUGGCUCGCAAGACAAACUCAUUACACCAGUCAUUCAAUGCAGUGUUGCAUGCGUCCCAGCUCGGGGACGAUGCAGCUACCAUUGAGAACGCAAAGCUGCUGUUUAGAGAUUCGCAUCAUCGCAAAGCUAUCCAAAUUCUCCAGGGAGCCAUCGAGCAGAAUAAGUUUAUGACAAAAUCAGGAUCAUCGCUGAGCAUGGGAUCCGCAAGCAGCCUGAACUCUCAGCAGAAGCUGCUCACCGCCCGCGCACAGCUUCUGCUGGCCAAAUGGCUUGAUGCAGCAGGCCAGACGCACGCAGGCGCCCUUCGUGAGAAGUACCAGCAGCCACCCAAGACGUUUUCCACGUGGGAAAAGGGCCACUAUUACCUCGGCCGCCAUUACAAGAAGAUAUUGGAAUCCGAACAGCCGUUGAAGGUCGACGAUCAGAGCGACAACUACGUCACGGGCGAGAUUGCAAGACUCGUCAUUGAAAAUUACGUGCGGUCCUUGAAUUCGGGAACCAAGUACUUGUACCAAACUCUGCCCAGGAUUCUCACGCUUUGGUUGGAUCUCGGGGCGCAGGUUGACAAGGCUCCAGAAGGCAAGGUCUCGCUAUCACGAGAGCUGCACAAGCGGAGACUCGAGCAGUUGGGCCUUUUGCAUUCGUUCCUUGACAAGUACAUACAUCGUCUGCCGGCCUACAUCUUCUACACGGCACUGUCGCAGAUUGUCGCUCGAAUAGCGCACCCCAACGCCAAUGUCUUUGAACGACUGACUUCCAUCAUUGUGAAAGUCGUGGAGGCCCAUCCUCGGCAGGCACUGUGGAGCUUGAUCGGCAUCAUGACAACCCGUCAGACAUCCGAGAGAAAGGCGCGCGGCGCUCAAGUUCUCCAGACGUUGAAGAGCGUUUCCAAAAAGGUUGACGGGGCCUCGUACGAUUUGAGAUAUCUCAUCAGGGCGGGAGAGAAGCUUGCAGAACAGCUGUUGCUGGCUUGUCACAAUGGCGACUUCCACGGCAACAAGACCGUGCACGCCAGCCUGACGAAAGAUUUACGGUUCAAUCAGAAGUGCACGCCGUGUCCCUUGGUCGUUCCCGUGGAGAGUUCGCUGACAGCCACCCUGCCGGCCGUCUCGGAGCAUGUAAAGAAGCACAAGGCGUUUUCGCGCGAUGUGGUGUCAAUAGACUGCUUCUUGGACGAUGUGUUGGUGCUGAGCUCACUGGCGAAGCCGAGACGCCUCACAGCCCGAGGAAGUGAUGGCAAAACAUAUAUGCUGCUCAUCAAGCCAAAGGAUGACCUCCGAACAGACCAGCGUCUCAUGGAGUUCAAUGGGAUCAUUAACCGCUCGCUGAAGCGAGACGCAGAGUCCAGCAAAAGGCAGCUGUACAUACGAACGUAUGCCGUGGUACCGCUGAACGAGGAGUGCGGCAUCAUUGAAUGGGUGCCGGGGAUCAAGACGAUGCGAGAUAUUCUGCUGAACCUCUAUGCCUCGCAGAAGAUUCAUCCAGACUACAACACACUGAAGCAGCUGAUGGAGGAGGCAUCGACGUCUGACAGCAAAGUCGGCAUCUUCACGAACGAAGUGCUGGGGCGCUUCCCUCCUGUGCUUCCCUUGUGGUUCAUCCAGCAGUUCCCCAACCCGUCAGCGUGGUUCAGCGCGCGCCUGAGAUAUACACGCUCGUGCGCGGUCAUGUCCAUGGUUGGUACGAUCCUCGGCCUAGGAGACCGGCACGGAGAGAACGUCAACUUGGAGGAGGGGACGGGAGGAAUAUUUCAUGUGGACUUCAACUGUCUGUUCGACAAGGGCCUCACGUUUGCCAAGCCAGAGCGUGUGCCAUUCCGCCUGACGCACAACAUGGUAGCAGCCAUGGGCAUCUACGGCUACGAAGGGCCCUUUCGCAAGUCAUCCGAGCUGACGCUGAGCAUUCUUCGGCAGCAGGAAGAGACGCUGGUGACUAUUCUGGAGGCGUUCAUCUACGAUCCCACGCUGGACCUGCAGAAGGACAAGCGAGCGGCGAAGAGGAGUGAGUUUGGGGUGAAGCUGCAGCCGCAGAGCGUGGUGGACAGCAUCAAGAGGAAGGUCAAGGGACUGCUGCCGAACGAGAGCAUUCCUCUGAGUGUGGAGGGGCAGGUGGAGGAGUUGAUCAAGCAGGCGGUCAAUCCGAGGAAUCUGGCGGCCAUGUAUAUCGGAUGGUGUCCAUUUCUGUAG